AAUCUGUAAGGUUAAAUUUGAAUUUAUGAUAGAAAGUUUCCUUCAAAAAGAAAACAAAAAAGACCAUCAAAAGAUAAAUUGCAGUGCCUCAGUUUUCCUAUAAAUACAUACACAAACAUUAAUCAGAAAAACCCGCACACGGAAUAAAAUAAAAUAAAAUGAAGCUUUCAUCUUUCGCUCGAUUUUCCAUUGUUAUAAUCUCAAUUUCUUUAGCAAAAGCAGUUACCUAUGAUCAUCAAGACUUUCUCCAAUGCCUAUCCGACAAUUCUCAGAAAUCAAAUCCAAUUUCUGAUGCCAUCUUCACUCCUAACAAUUCUUCAUUUACUUCAGUUUUACAAUCUUAUGUAAGAAACCUGAGAUUCUCAGCCCCUUCAACACCAAAACCUAUAGCUAUUAUUGCAGCAAAGCAUGAUUCCCAUGUCCAAGCUGCAGUUAUAUGUUCUAAAACUCUUGGUUUGCAGAUCAGAAUCCGAAGUGGCGGUCACGAUUAUGAUGGGCUUUCCUAUGUAUCAGAAGUGCCUUUUGUAGUUCUGGACAUGUUUAAUCUUCGAUCUAUCAAUAUAAAUAUAACAGAUGAGACUGCUUGGGUUCAGGCAGGAGCCACUCUCGGUGAACUUUACUAUAACAUUGCAGACAAAAGUAAUGUUCAUGCGUUUCCUGCUGGGGUCUGUCCUUCACUAGGCGUUGGAGGACACUUUUCAGGAGGUGGCUAUGGAAACUUGAUGAGAAAAUAUGGUCUUUCUGUAGACAAUAUUGUUGAUGCCCAAAUUGUUGAUGCCAAGGGUAGAAUUCUCGACAGGAAAUCUAUGGGAGAAGAUCUCUUUUGGGCUAUAACAGGAGGAGGUGCAGCAAGUUUUGGAGUCAUUCUUUCCUGGAAAAUAAAUUUAGUUCAGGUUCCUGAACAAGUCACUGUUUUUCAAGUUGUGAGAAGUGUAGAGCAGGGUGCCACUGACCUCGUUUGGAAGUGGCAACAAAUUGCAGACAAGCUAGAUCAUGACUUGUUCAUCAGACUGAUCCUAACACCAGUAAAUGGAACUGAGCCAGGCAAGAAGACUGUAAAUGUAACGUUUGUUGCCAUGUUCCUCGGGGGAACUGAAAGACUCCUGUCAUUGAUGAAUGAAAGCUUUCCUCAACUGGGUUUACAAAAGAUAGACUGCACUGAAAUGAGAUGGAUUGAAUCCACAGUAAUUUGGGUUGGAAUGCCCAAAGGAACUCCCAUUGAAGCUUUACUCAAUAGGCCUACAAAUGCAUCUGUUUACUUAAAAAGGAAAUCUGACUAUGUGAAAGAACCCAUUUCAAAGAAAAAUUUGGAAUCAAUUUGGAAAAUUAUGGCAGAAGUAGGAGUAUCAAUGCAAUGGAAUCCUUAUGGUGGUAAAAUGAGCGAGAUUUCAGAGACAGAAACUCCAUUCCCGCAUAGAGCUGGAAACUUAUUCAAGAUUCAGUAUUCAGCUAACUGGCUACAAGAUCAAACAACAGAACUUUUUCUGAAUUCAACAAGAACCCUUUUCGAAGCCAUGACUCCUUAUGUCUCAAAGAAUCCAAGAGAAGCAUUUCUAAACUAUCGGGACAUUGAUAUUGGCAGCAUCGGUAGCAGCGGAAACGGCACAUUCCAGGAAGCAAGUGUUUAUGGUGUUAAAUACUUCAAGGAUAAUUUUGAUAGACUGGUGCGCGUGAAAACAGCAGUUGAUCCUGAUAAUUUCUUCAGGUAUGAACAGAGUAUUCCAACUCAAUUUGUACUUUCCAGGAAGACUAUAAUGUGAAGAUUACUUCAGUGAGUAAUUGGAUUGACCAUUGAGAUUAGCAGCUUAUACUGCUCUGAACAAUUGAAGAUUAGCAGCUUAUACUGAACAAGUACUGUAAUUUUUAAUAUAAUUAAUUGGCUUGAUGGGAUAUUUCUUUCCCACAUAUUAUUGCCUGUAUUGCUUCCUUUUCCUAAUUGUCUACUGAAUUUUGAGUAAUAUUAUGCAGAAUUUAUGUUA